AUGAUGGGGAAGGCCACAUUCGACACAGCUGAUGGAUUCAGCAGAAGGUCUGACUCUGAAGUCCGUUUACUAUUCCCAGAGCCACGGUCAGGCGAACAUGGUGAGCGAGAGGCGCGUCCCUCCCCUGUGUCAGUAUCCUGGUCGCUUGUCGAACCUGGGCUGCAAGACCUGUCACAAGAUUGCCGGCAGUACAUACGCUACUUCGAUCUCGAGCUGUCAAAAGAAUGCGUCGUAUACAACAAUCCGUCAGCGAAUCCCUUCCUCGCCCUGAUGCCUCUUAUGCCUGGUAGUCACGCCUUGUCCCACAUUAUGGUCUCGAUAUCAGCCUUCCACUUUACGCAUCGGAUCGUGAUUAAUCACAUUCAAGCCCCUUCGGGCAGCAGGAGAUUUCCCACCCAAGUCUCGGAGGACUGGUACUCGCCGGAAGACCAUGCCUGGCAAAAGAACCAGCCCAACUAUGGCAACUCACUCAGCACAGCCUUGUCGCACAAGCAAAAAGCCCUCGAGUGUUUAAAACACGAACUCCAAGUUCACCCCGAGAGAAACAACGACGCGGUUAUUGCAGCAGUCAUCCUCUUUAUCUGCCUGGAUGUGGUCGAGUUCGGAGGCCGAGGGUGGAAACAUCAUCUGCGCGGUGCUGAAGAGAUGAUUCGAAGUCGCAAGUCAGCAUCAAGAGGAGACUUGGACUCGGCCAGGUGGCUCACAUACUUUGACACAGCGUGCACGACAUUUGGAAUCAUGGGAGCGACACUGGCACCAGCACACCUCUCCAGCCGACCACCAUCCUGUUUGGACCCUUCAUUCCUACAGACUCUUCGACACUCUGAACACCAAACUUGGGUUGGCUGUCCGGCUGAACUUCUCUAUUUGCUCUCGGUUAUUGAUUCGAUACGCUCAGUCCAUCACUCAGUCCCCGAACGAGAAGAUACGAUUGCUAGCCUCUGCAGCUGCCUUGGCACCUUUUCGCCCUCAACGUGGGCCAAGGAUUUCCCAGAUCAACAACACUACCAGUCACGAUACCACCUUGCCUGCACCUAUAAGGCAGCGAUUGAAGUUUAUGCUUCUCAUAUCAUCGGACCAUCCUCCGAAGACCAAUAUCUAUCUGAAUCCUACAUCCUCGAUACAACGCAACGUGGAAUAGCCCACAUGCUCUCGAUACCACCACACGACUUUCAUAUCAAGAGUUUAGUCUGGCCGGCAUUUGUUCUUGGGGCAGAAACCGAGCGUCCAGAUCUUAGACAAGCAGUGAGAGCGACCUUUCGGCAUAUCUGGGUGUCAUCGUGCUGUUAUAAUGCAAGAAAUGCAGCGAGGAUGCUGGAUAAGAUAUGGGCUUGGGGCGGUGAUGGAAGCGGGGACAAGUCAUGGUUGGAGUUUGUUCAGGAGAAGGAAGAAAGCUGGUUGUUCCUGUAG